UCCGAUAGAGGCACCCGUCACGCGCGGACGUGCUCAUCGACCACUCGAUCGCCCGGCCUUUGUUCGCCCGGCUUUUGUUAGCCCGGCCAUUGUUCGCGCGGCCUGUGUUCGUGGUACAUCUGCCGACUAAGUGCUCUUCCUGGAAGUUUUUAUUUGUUUUGUUUCCUUUUGUUAUUUCUGUGUUCGUGGUACAUCUGCCGACAAACUGUCUUCCUGGAAGUGUUUAAUUGUUUUGUUUCUUUUUGUUAUUUCCGUUUUGUUGUGAUUUUUCUUUGUCCUGCAGUAAUCGUGCCGCAUCGCCACCUGUGUUCAAUAGAACCGCUCAGGUCCGAGAAGUUGGGGCCUCGCCGCAAGGCGAGUGUUUUCUAAGACCCAGGGUAGCCCCACCUGGGCACGUAGACAUCAUGGACGCUGUAUUUGCGGAAUUUCUCCGGCUUCGCUACCCAAAGCUCACUUCCGAGUUUCAGGCCUUCAAGGCCGAUCACACUGCGAGCCCUCUCGUGGACUCCACCGAGCUCGCUGCUCCUGCGUCGCCUGUACCUGCGUGCAAAGCUUCUGCAUCGAGCACCGCAGCCUCCGUCGUGCCUGCCGUUCCCGCGUCGCCUAUACUGGCGAGUAAAACUGCUGCGUCGUCCGCCGUGGUCACCGUUCCAGCAGCGCGAUCAUCCGCGGCCUCCGUCGCGCCGUCCAAAACACCUACUCGUAGGUCACCUGCGCCCGCCUCCUCGUCCUCCGACUCUGACUCGGAGAUGGAGGUCGACCUCGCUCCCGCCUCAUCGACGGAUGGAUUCACCCUGGUGCAAAAGGGGACAACGUGGACUCAAGAAAUGGUCUGGUUACUAUUGAAUGACUUAGACUACGCCAAGGCGGCCUCACUUAAUCUUGUCGACAGAUACAUAAAUGUUGGAAUCUCGAUCUGGGGUCUAGCAUCCAGAGCAAAAGGUGCCAAAAUAUUAAAAUUUAAAGAAGAAGACAAGCGUAAAUACAAACAAAUAAUAACGCCCGGUUGUGAGCUGCUAGCGGCAGCAAGUGACCCUCGCUUCAUUAAAACCCAUCUUCCAAUGUGUAUGCUGCCUCCUAAUCUCAUAGAAACAGCCAAAAUAGUAUACGUAGCAAGAGAUCCACGAGACGUUGUAGUCUCACUGUAUCAUUUUUACCGUCUUAUGCCUGUGCCGCAGUUUACAGGGGACUUCAAAACUUUUUGGAACAUGUUCGUCCGCGAUAACGUCAUCAGAACACCUUAUUUCGCACACAUAAAAGAGGCAUGGGAAUUGAGAAAUCAUCCAAACAUGCUAUUCCUGUUCUACGAGGAACUUAAAAAUGAUCUUUCCAAUACAAUAAAACGCACUGCAAAAUUCUUCAACAAAGAAUACACAGAUGAACAAAUCUCAGUGCUGUGCAACCAUCUUAAUAUAAAUAAUUUCAGACAUAACGACUCAGUAAGCUUGAACUUCUUAGCAGAUGUGUUUAUACCAGGAGAAGAACCAUUUAUAAGAAAAGGAAAAGUUGGCGGCUGGCGAGAUUACUUCGAUGACGAGAUGACCGUGGAAUGCGAACAAUGGAUGGCCAAAAAACUGAAGGAAACUGGUAUUCAGUUCCCGGUUUUCAGUAAUGAUGUAACCAAGAAAUGAAUCACUAAAAUUUUCUCAUCGAUUCUGUUACUUUUUAUUUAUAAAUAAACAAGUAAAGAAAUCUUA